AUGUCAGGAGACUACGAGGAUGACCUCUGCCGGCGGGCACUCAUCCUGGUCUCAGACCUCUGUGCGCGGGUCCGAGAUGCCGACACCAGUGACAGGUGCCAGGAGUUCAACGACCUGCGAAUUCGAGGCUAUCCCCGGGGCCCAGAUGCAGACAUCUCCGUGAGCCUGCUGUCGGUCAUCGUGACAUUCUGUGGCAUUGUCCUUCUGGGCGUCUCCCUCUUCGUGUCCUGGAAAUUGUGCUGGGUGCCCUGGCGGGACAAGGGAGGCUCAGCAGUGGGCGGGGGCCCCCUGCGCAAAGACCUAGGCCCUGGGGUCGGGCUGGCAGGCCUGGUAGGUGGUGGUGGGCACCACCUGGGGGCUGGCCUGGGUGGCCAUCCUCUGCUGGGGGGUCCACACCACCAUGCCCACACUGCCCACCAUCCGCCCUUCGCUGAGCUGCUGGAGCCAGGCAGCCUGGGGGGCUCUGACCCCCCUGAGCCCUCCUACUUGGACAUGGACUCAUACCCAGAGGCUGCGGCAGCUGCAGUGGCCGCUGGGGUCAAACCGAGCCAGACAUCUCCUGAACUGCCCUCUGAGGGAGGUGCAGGCUCUGGGCUGCUCCUGCUGCCCUCCAGUGGUGGGGGCUUGCCCAGUGCCCAGUCGCAUCAGCAGGUCACAAGCCUGGCACCCACCACCAGGUACCCAGCCCUACCCCGGCCCCUCACCCAGCAGACCCUGACCCCCCAGCCGGACCCUGGCAGUGACGAGCGGCCGCCUGCCCUACCCUUACCCUUACCAGGCGGGGAGGAAAAAGCCAAACUCAUCGGGCAGAUCAAGCCGGAGCUGUACCAGGGGACUGGACCAGGCGGCCGGCGUGGCGGUGGGGCCCCGGGCUCUGGAGAGGCCGGCGUGGGGGCGCCCUGCGGCCGCAUCAGUUUCGCCCUGCGGUACCUCUAUGGCUCAGACCAGCUGGUGGUGCGGAUCCUGCAGGCCUUGGACCUCCCAGCCAAGGACUCCAACGGCUUCUCAGACCCCUACGUCAAGAUCUACCUGCUGCCAGACCGCAAGAAAAAGUUCCAGACCAAGGUGCACAGGAAGACGCUGAACCCUGUGUUCAACGAGACAUUCCAGUUCUCAGUGCCCCUGGCUGAGCUGGCCCAGCGCAAACUGCACUUCAGCGUCUAUGACUUUGACCGUUUCUCGCGGCACGACCUCAUCGGCCAAGUGGUGCUGGACAACCUCCUGGAGCUGGCUGAGCAGCCCCCUGACCGCCCACUAUGGAGGGACAUCGUGGAGGGCGGCUCGGAAAAGGCAGAUCUUGGGGAGCUCAACUUCUCACUCUGCUACCUCCCCACGGCCGGGCGCCUCACCGUGACCAUCAUCAAAGCCUCUAACCUCAAAGCGAUGGACCUCACCGGCUUCUCAGACCCCUACGUAAAGGCCUCUCUGAUCAGCGAGGGGCGGCGUCUGAAGAAGCGGAAAACCUCCAUCAAGAAGAACACGCUGAACCCCACGUACAACGAGGCGCUCGUGUUCGACGUGGCCCCGGAGAGCGUGGAGAGCGUGGGGCUCAGCAUCGCGGUGGUAGACUACGACUGCAUCGGGCACAACGAGGUGAUCGGCGUGUGCCGCGUGGGCCCGGACGCCGCCGACCCCCACGGCCGCGAGCACUGGGCGGAGAUGCUGGCCAAUCCCCGCAAGCCCGUGGAGCACUGGCAUCAGCUGGUGGAGGAAAAGACUUUGUCCAGCUUCACGAAAGGCAGCAAAGGAUUGUCAGAGAAAGAGAACUCAGAGUGA